UUUCGUGUAACAAUAAAUCUUUAUUAUGGACACGUAGAUAAAACUAAAAUUUAAAUAAAAAAUAUGUGAAAUUGAUUAGUAAUGAGGGGUGAGGUGGAUGGUAAUUUGAUAGAUAUUUCCUCAGUUUAUAAAAGAUAGCCCCAAAACUAUUGCUAUAAAGCUUUCACAUCAAGUUUGGAAUUGGGUUAAUGUUGAACAUGACUUUGGUUGGAAGGAUAGUUUGGUUUAUGGUUGAUAGAUAAGUAAACGCUAGUCAGCUGAUAGGCCCACCAUGUUCAUCAUGUAGUGGGUUUAUUCCUUGCAUUUAAAUGAGUUUGGUAGUGAUGUUUAGCUAGGAUGCUGAUGCCUUGAAGGUUUAGUUUGUUUUUUUUUGUUGACCAGAGACUUUUGGGUAAUAGAUCCAUGUGUGGCUUUCUUUAAGGUGCUUAAAUACUCAAUGCAACUUUCAAGUUUGGCAGUUGUUUCAUUCUUAGAGAAGCUCUCUGAAGCUUUAGGCUUUAGGCUUUAGGCUUUAGGCUUUAGGCUUUCUCAUGGCAAUUACCACUAAUUCCUUACAAUAUCUAUGGCAUCCCUUCUUUGCAUAUGUGCUUUUGAUGUCCAUUCCUAUACUAAAAUGCAGUGCUCUUUACUGCUUAGAAGAAGGGUCGACAUUAAAGCAAGGUACUAACAUAGAAACUCUAGUAUCUUCUGGUGGAUUGUUUGAGCUUGGGUUCUUCACUCCUGAUGGGAAAAACAGUAAUAACAGUUAUUUGGGAAUCUGGUAUCACCACCAGCUUAAUCCUAAGAUAAUUGUGUGGGUUGCUAAUAGAAAUAAACCGUUGUUAGAAUCAACUGCUUUCCUUAUCAUGCAAAACGGUACUGCCAAGCUGCUGGAUACGCAAGGUGCGACUUACUGGUCAACUGAUAUUGCUCUAUCUGGUCACGCGAGUUUGUGUCUACUAGACAAUGGCAACUUGGUUUUACAAGUGAGUACGGGAACCAACGAAUAUCAUGUCAAAUGGCAAAGCUUUGAUAGCCCAACUGACACAUUUAUCCCAGGAAUGUCUGCUUAUUCUUUAACUGGUUUGACAUCAUGGGAAAAUAGUAACAAUCCUGCACAGGGAAACUAUACUUUGCAACUCCCUAGGCCUAAUAAAAAUUUGGUUAUUUUAGAACAGCAAUUAAAAACUUAUUGGGAGAGCAAUGUCACACCUUUCGAUCAGACUCCACAGAUGGUGUUUGAUUUAUUGAAUCCGGAUCCUUCCGCAACAGAAGGUAAUAAUCAUAUUACGAGAUUGGUGAUGAAUUUCACCGGACAGGUUCAAUUUUGGAAAUGGAAAAAUGAAACAGCCUGGUCCUUGAGAUGGUCUCAGCCGAAGGAUGGUUGUAGUGUGUAUCAAAUAUGUGGAAAAUUUGGUAUUUGCAAUAGUGAUAAUAGUGGAUUGUGGUGUAAGUGCUUGCAAGGCUUUACUCCAAGUUCACCAAAGGGGUGGAAUUCUAGAGACUACUCGGAAGGAUGUUCGCCAAAUCCAUCAUCUUCCUGUAGUACGGAAGAUUCAUUCUUGAGGAUGCCUAUGAUGAGAGUGAACAAUCCAGAUGCCAAUUUUGUAGGUUCGGCUUGCAAGUCUGCUUGCCUUGCAAAUUUUGCUUGUAUAGCUUAUUCUUGUGGUGUUGCCGAUUGCAAGGAGACAUCAAAUGAGACAUGUUUGAUGUGGUUUGAGAUACUUACUGACUUGCAAGAGGAGUAUCCUGAUGGACUUACAAUCUUCAUUCGUGGUACACGUCGUUCUGCUAGAGUGCCAUUUUCUUUCAAGGUUGUGGUACUUUGCGGAGCCGUUCUCUUGUCAGCUAUUCUUGUAUAUGGGAUGUUCCUUAAUUAUCACAUGCAUAGAAGCAUGAGUGAUGAACUGCAAAGCUCGGUUAGGUUUGAAGGAGAUGAUACUGAAGGCAUAGAUGUCCCGCUUUUUGGUUGGGAAAGCAUAUUAGCUGCUACCAAUAAUUUUUCUGAAGCAAAUAAGCUGGGAAUAGGCGGAUUUGGUUCUGUGUACCGGGGAAAGCUUCCAAAUGGGCAGGAAAUUGCUGUAAAGAGGCUUUUAAGUGUAACAGUACAUGGCGUUGAAGAAUUUAAGACAGAGAUUAAGCUGAUUGCUAAGCUCCAGCACCGGAACCUUGUAAGACUUGUUGGGUAUUGCAUGAAAGCCAAUGAGAAGAUUUUAAUCUAUGAAUACAUGCCCAAUGGAAGCUUAGACUCUUGUUUAUUUGAAGAUGAAAAACACUCUGUGAUUUUGGAUUGGAAGAAGCGUUUUGACAUCAUUUUGGGAAUAGCUCGAGGCCUACUUUAUCUUCACCAAGACUCGAGGCUAAGAAUCAUUCAUCGGGAUCUCAAACCAAGCAACGUUUUACUGGAUGAGGAUCUCAAUCCGAAAAUUUCAGAUUUUGGGUUAGCAAAAAUUUUUGGGGUAAAAGAAACAGAGGCAAGCACCGGAAGGAUAUAUGGUACAUAUGGUUACAUGUCUCCUGAGUAUGCAUCUGAUGGGAUCUUUUCAGUCAAGUCCGAUGUUUUCAGCUUUGGAGUGGUCAUGUUGGAGACCAUAAGCGGUAAAAGAAAUUCCAGGAUCUUUAUGCUUGAGCAUGGCCUAAGUCUACUAGGACAUGCUUGGAAAUUGUGUAACGAAGAUAACGGAUUGGAAUUGAUGGAUGUAAAACUCAAAGAAUCGUGCAUUCCAUUAGAGGUUCUGAUGUGCAUUAAUGUUGCGUUGUUGUGUGUACAAGAUGAUCCUAGUGAUCGCCCCUCAAUAUCAACCAUAGUUCAAAUUCUGACCAAUGGAGCCUCUCUUCCAUUUGCCACAAGACCAGCUUCAAUGAACAGGAAGCCAUUUUUAGAGACUGCUUCAUCUUCUAGUGCAAAAGAUUCAAGUUUGCAUGAACUAUCAACAAUUCCCACAGUUGGCCGAUAAAUAAAUAUACAACUUCUCUUCUGUGAAGAUCGGUACUGUAUAAUUUUUUUCUCAUUAAGCCAGUUAUCUAUUGCACUUAUGGACAUUUAUCAAAUUCCAGUGUUCAGAAUUAUUACUGGUACUGCCAAAAGCCGUCACAUCUUCAACAAAUUUUUUCUUAUGUACAAAAAUCAAAUAUAGAUUUUGUAGCACCACCCACUUAUUGUAAUCCUGAUUUGUAUUUUAUGUUUCGGAUUAUAAUGAACUAAUAUAAAGUGAUUUUAUUUUUUGCGUUUUUUUAUUUAUGUGAA